GUAAAGUAUCUGGCAUCGGGCUCAAUCAUUUGUUUUGUUUUGGAUUUCCGGCUUUUGUCUUGAUUUAUCGUUUGUCCAUAUUUCCCAUUAUUUACGUUUUUUUAUUGAAUUAUCGACAGAGAUGGGCUGAAAGUUUCAUUGUUAUGGAAGGGAAUCAUGAAGUUAUUGAGGUGGAAGUUUUGGAAGAGGAAUCGACCGGAGAUAACAAUAAUACUGGAGAUGUUCCAUCUAACCCUUGCAAAUUAUGCUACGAAGAAAUCACUUCAGGGAAUAGAUUCACCCUGGAACAGUGUGGAUGCUUCUUCUGUAAUUCUUGCAUGCAGACGUACGUCGAUCUCCUCAUUCAAGAUGGGAUUGCCUUGUCCAUAUCCUGUCCUGAUUCAGAAUGUGUCAUACAAGGAUCGUUGGAAAUACAUGAAGUCAACACAUUGAUUGGAGAAGAAACGUUUGAGAAAUAUUUGAGGAUGAGAUAUGAACAAGAAGUUGCAGUUGAUCCCCAUCGCACGUUUUGUCCGAACCCUCAAUGUUCCUCCGUUUGCCAUGUCAACCCAGACAGACAGAAACAGCAACGGAGUAAAAAACGAAAACAUGGAUCAAGAGCACAGGAUACUCAAAUGCCUGUUAAAGUUUCGUGUAUUACGUGUCAACUCGAGUUCUGUCACAUAUGCAAAGCAGAGUGGCCUACAUCAGAUACUGCCAUACACAAGUGCAAUGACCUAGGUCUGUCUGGUCCCGGGAAGAAUUUGAUAAAACUGCACAUAAAAACAGGGUUUUCCAAGUCCAGACGUGCGGACGCCAUCAUCAAGCGUUGUCCUGUUUGUAACACGUUGAUUGAAAAGGAUCGGGGCUGUGCUCAGAUGAUCUGCAAGAAUUGCACUCAUGUGUUCUGCUGGUAUUGCCUCAAAUUACUGGAUAAUGAUUUUAUGCUGCGACAUUAUGACAAAGGACCUUGUAAAAAUUUCCUCGGGCACAGCAGAUCUCAAGUAAUGAGGCAUCGACUCGGGGUUAUCGGACUAUUUGCUGCCUUCACUCUUCUACUGAUCGUAGCUUCCCCCAUCCUGCUUCUGGCCGCACCAAUAUUCUUAUGUUGCAAGUGGAAGGAUUGCUGCGAAAGGGCCUGGCGUCGAGCUCAGCAAGAAAACAAUAAUGCUUUGUUUGCUGAACUUGAAAUGGGAAUGAGGAAUCCACAACACAAUAGGAGUAGUUUACAGGUCGUGUCUGAGGUCAAAGAUGAAAGGUCAAUAGAGAGAAAUGCAGAACAAUUAUCCUCGCAAGCUCAAAGUUCCUUAAGGUUUGAAGAUCGAAAAAUUCUGUCUAACUCAGGAAAUUUAGAUGACAUUAGCUCACAAGGUGAAGCAUCACGAAAUUCAUCUAUCAUUGAGUCACAUGGUGGCGCUAGUGUAUCUAAUACAUCUGAAAUACUAGAUGUCGCUAGUGUAUCUCGCAAAACUGAAGCACUGGAUGGCGCCAAUGUGUUUGAUAAAUCUGAAACACUAGAUGGCGCUAGUGUAUCUCACGAAAAUGAAGCACUGGAUGGCGCCAAUGUGCCCGAUGAAUCCGAAACACUAGAUGAUGCUAAUGUGCCUAAUAAAACUGAAACACUUCGUUACACAAAGGAGCCAAAAGGAAAAUCAUUGCAAACAAAUUCAUGUGAUGGCAACACAUCAUUGGUUGACACAGAUGUCUACCAUAAGAUGGCCACAUCCACUUCCUCUCAAAAUAAUGAUAAUAGCAUCUGACAAUGAAGUUCAAAUGUUUUCAGAAUAGGAUUAAGUUAACACUCCGUGGACGCAACCCGACAAAAGUUGUGGUUCACCGUUUCGAAGAGCCGAGCAUUAACGAUUAUUAACUAGUCAUUCUUAUACUUGACCCAGCUGAAAGGCCGAGGUUAAUUAUAUCAUUAAUCUUUUUAUCAGCUUAUUUCUUCAUUGAGAUAACCCCAGCGUGGGUACAUGGCCUCGGCUUUCGUUUUACUGAUCUCUGUGGGGGUGAAAGUCCCAAAUCCCUGAGUCAAGAUGAGUCACGGUUCAUCUGCGACUCGAGUCAAGUCAAUCACUGAGUUAGUCUCACUGGGAAUUAGCUGAUGUCUCUGAUAAAUAGUGUCUCGGUCGAGUCAACAACUUCAGUCGCCCCAACACUGGCAUCAAUAUCCACCACAGACACACAGUACAGUUUCACAGACCUCUUCAAUCCAUGAGCAUGUGUUUCCUAAACUGUGUGUUGAGGCCUAAUUUCAAGUACUCUUGAAAAUACCAAUCCAUUCCCUAAAACAGGGUUUCCCAAACUCUCUGUUCAUCGGUACCCUUUGGCCACUUUGUAGAUUCUUUCUUGUACCCCAAAUCUGCUGUUUUGUCUCGCAUGUUGUGAUUGGACAAAAUAAUUCAUGUGAACUGCGAAAGUUUGUGUAGUAGUUACUGUAGUUGUAGAUGAAGCUUCUACCGGGGUGAACUUGUGACUUCGUAAUGAGUUCCUAAACUCGGGUCUUCAAUUUAUUAACAUAAGGCAGAUUGGCGGUUAUAGAAAAAAUAUCUCCAUAAUUAAUCUUAAUGUACUUACCCCUUAAAAAGUCAAAAUUUACUACUGGGUGUACAUGUACCCCAGUUCGGGAACCCCUGUUCUAAAAAAUUACUUCAGACUGUUUAGAACUUCAUAUAAAAUGAUCAUAUAUCGGCUAUAUCGAAAAUUUGUAAUGGAACACACUUCAUGUGCACAAAAGGGGUCAAGGGUCAUCGAUAAAAAUGUGAACAUAUCGCAUCACUUUUUCUUGUAAGCUGUAUUAGUCGUGCCUUUAUCAUAGUGAAUGUGUCGUGAGUUUGGGAAACUGCAGGUAUUUGAUGCAUCAGCCUGUUUCCAUGACGAUGGCAGUGUAGAUUGAAAUUUAUUCCGAAACAACCAACUGUGGCCAUUUACAACUUUUUCAGUCUUAGUUGAGCGAUUGUGAUGUUGCUUUUGAGCGAAUAUAUGGCUUCUUGUGCAUUAGUGGUUGCCUGCAACUCUCCUUUUCAUACUUUUUCCUACUUUUGGUUGUAAUGGUUAUGACUAGUGCUGAGCAUUUUGAAUUAAACAGUAAAUUGUUUGAAUCAAUUUUGAUUUGAAUUUCGAAUCGCCGCCAUCUUGUUUUUUGUCCGUCCGCAGGUCAAGAUGAUCCCCUCAGUGUUUUAUUCAUGUCAAUACCUAUACUUUUUUUUUCCUAGUGAAAAUGCCCAGCCCUUGUUUUGUGACCCUGCUUUGAGUAAAUUUGUAAGAAAACCUGCAUUCUGUAAUAAAAGACGGCAUUCUAAAGUACUUUUCAGUUUUUAAUCAAGAGGUUGCUUCAAGCAAACUUCUUUCAAAAGUGACAAAAAUUGUGCAAUACUGACUCCAAACCUGCUUUUUGCCUUAAAACUCAGUUCAAUUUGGUCAAAAUCCCUCUGGAUCAAAAUCGGACUGUGAAUUCCAACUUUGAAGUCUUGUGGCAACUUUUACUGGCCUGUACACACUUAGCUUUUUUUCUGAUCAUAUGGACUUAAACUGCGUCAUAGUCCUGCGUCAUAGCUAACUGCCGUAAUUUUAUAUAGUUUCAAUAUCUUGUCAUUUUUGUGGCUGUCUGUAACUUUGCUCAUAGAUGAGUCUCGUUUACUUAUGAGUGAGUGCGUGCAACUUUUCUCAGAGAUGAGUCUUCUUUACUUUUGAGUGAGUGCCUGCAA